AGCCGACGGAAGUACUCGGUGUUGUUGCCGGAAGUACAGGGAAGGCUGUAAUGGCGGCUGCGACCGAAGUUGAGGUGCCCGCGGAUGCCUCGGAAGACCGGCCUUCGGCGGCCGAGGAGCUGGCGGCGCAGAAGCGCGAGCAGAGACUGCGCAAGUUCCGCGAGCUGCACCUGAAGCGGAAUGAAGCUCGUAAGUUAAAUCACCAGGAAGUUGUGGAAGAAGACAAAAGACUUAAGUUGCCUGCAAACUGGGAAGCCAAGAAAGCACGUUUGGAGUGGGAGCUGCAGGAGGAAGAAAAGAAAAAGGAGUGUGCAGCAAGAGGGGAAGACUACGAGAAAGUGAAGCUGCUGGAGAUCAGUGCAGAAGAUGCUGAGAGAUGGGAGAGGAGGAAGAAGAGGAAGAACCCUGACUUGGGGUUUUCAGAUUAUGCUGCUGCCCAAUUACGCCAGUAUCACCGGCUGACCAAGCAGAUCAAACCUGACAUGGAAAGCUAUGAACGACAGAGAGAAAAGCAUGGAGAAGAUUUUUUCCCGACAUCCAACAGUCUUCUCCAUGGGACACAUGUGCCUUCCUCAGAGGAAAUUGACAGAAUGGUUUUAGAUCUGGAAAAGCAAAUUGAAAAGAGAGACAAAUAUAGCCGAAGACGUCCCUACAAUGAUGAUGCCGACAUUGACUACAUUAAUGAGAGGAAUGCCAAGUUUAACAAGAAAGCAGAGAGGUUCUACGGGAAGUACACAGCUGAGAUCAAGCAGAACCUGGAGAGAGGAACAGCUGUGUGAGCCCUCUAGCUUCGUGGAAGCUAGAAAAGGGAUGGGAGACUUCUGCUGGCAAAUUCAAACUUGGUGUGUGUCAUUAAAGAGAGCUCCCCCGGCUCCUGUGCCUCCCACCCGGCACUCUGAAAUAAAUGUCUUCUCAGCUUCAUUUCCACAUGUGUGUGUCCACAUUUUCGUGCUUGGAUGUAAGAUGUUUUUCUUGUAGUGACAUUGUUUUGUAAAAAUCUAAUUUGUAUAAAUCCUAAUUAUUAUUUUUCUAUGUAUUGUAAAUGUGCAUAACCAUGUAACCUUUGAAUGACUUGGGGCUUAGAUGGUUUGUGUGCACAGGUGCAGUCGAGGCUGGUUUGGGAGUUAUUAGGAAGUGAACAGAUGCUGUAGCUGGCCUAUGGGACUGGCCAGGUGAGGACUGAGAAACAGAGGCCUUAAGAUAGGCGCUCCUGGGGUUCUGGCACUGUCUGCUGCUGGGGCUGGGGCCAGAGGUCAUGACUGUUAGCCAUGCACAUUCCCUUUUUAAAGAACAAUAAAAUGCUUUGGAAUAGA